CAUAAGGCUGUAUUUUCAUGAUUUGUCGUCAGAUUUAGCUUUAUGUCAUCUUGAAAUUUUUUUUGUGAUCAAUGAUCAUAAACAAUGUUAUAAAAAUUAUUUAAAUAAUCAUUAUAAAAAUAAAAAUGUCAAACAAACGUCGUUGUCCAUUUGAGGACAAUUUAAUGCCUCAAUUAAAAGUACAUGUUGGAUUAAAAGAUUCUGCUGAUCCACUUGAACGUGAUAAAGAAAUGAAAAAAAUAUAUGAACGUACUUUACAAUUAUUAAAAAAUGGAUCAAUGAAAUGUCAUGAUAAAUUAUUAAACAAUCAGUUAUCAAAUUACAAAAAACAAAUCAAUGGAUCCAGUGUUGAAGCACCACCAGCAUCACGAUUAAAACAAAUGAUUAUCAAUGGAAAUCUUGGUCUUGAAUUAGCAACAAAAAUCAUCACAGAACCAUUGGAUAAAUCACAUCCUUGUACUGAUUGUCGUGAUGAGACAUCUGGUAAUAAUAGUCUUCGUUGUUGCUAUCAUUGCAUGAAAUAUUAUUGUGAAAUUUGUUUGAAUCAAUGCACCAAGUGUCUUGAAUCAUAUUGUUCUAAAUGCAGUCUCACCGUUUACAAUGAGAAAGAACAUGUCGAGUGUAUGAAUUGCUAUUGUUAAUAAUUUAAUAAUUUUACAAGAAUAUAUUUAUUUCAAUUGAACAUAUCAAGUCAAAAUCAGCCAGUCGUAUUAAAUUUAAAAAAAUAAUAAUAAUUGUAUAUUUAUAAUAAUAAUAAUAAUAUUGUGAAAAAUUAAAUUUAAAAAAAAAAAUAGAUUAUAAGCAAAAAAAAUAUUUAUUUUUUUCAAGGG